UUAAUAAGCCUAACCAGAUAUAUACUGAGAGAGAGAGAGAGAGAGAGAGAAUCAUCGACUCUCCGUUUCAGCUCCGAUUCUUGAAGUGGUAAAUGGAUAACAUUUUGGACUCGUUGAACAAAGCCUACGAGAAGUUCGUUAUCGCCUCAGCUGAGGUUCUCGAGUCCAAAGAGAGUGCUGGCGGGAUAAAAGCCUCUCUCACUGAUGCUGCGUUAGAGAAUUUCAAGGAGAAGUGGGAGCUGUUCCGCGUGGCGUGCGAUCAAGCCGAGGAGUUUGUGGAGUCGGUGAAGCAGAGGAUUGGAUCCGAGUGUUUAGUUGAUGAGGCUACUGGUUUAACAACAGGAGGAGGUAGUAACUCAGGCCAAAGCGUUGGCGCUGCCACUAGUCUCCCUCCCAUUAGCGCGGUGAGGCUGGAGCAGAUGAGUAGAGCGGUUCGAUGGCUUGUGCUUGAGCUGCAGCGUGGGUCUGGUGGUGCAGCUGCUGGUUCUGUGCAUUCUUCUUCGUCUGCAGGGUUUGAUCCUAGGUUCUCUGAAGACUCGACUCAAUAGAGUGUGUCCUACUACUUACUACACACUCCUCUAAUCUAAAACUGCAGCUGCAUUAUUCUCUGAGUCUUUAUAUUCUGACCAAGCAAGAAGCAAUACUUGAUUGCUGAUCGGUUUGAUUUGUAGGAAUUUUGAGUGUUUGUUCUGAAUCUCAAGUAAAAGAGAGACUGUUUUUAUCUUUUUUGUAAUUCUUUUUAUAUUAUUAUGUUUCUGUUUGGUUAGUGUGGUUU